GUGUAAGAGAUCAGAGGCACAGAGAGCAGGAUGUGAGAGAACUCUCAGAGGGAGCUGACCUGAACUUGUGGACAUGGAAAUGGCUCACCUGCAGGUUUCCCAGGGAGAGUAGGACUUUAGGACUUUAAGGAAAACAGGAUAUUCUCAAUCAUACUGAACGCAGGUGGCGUGAUGUCCAGCGGUCGUGACUCUGGGGGGGAUUUGAUUCCCCAGGACGUCCUGGAGGUGUUUGCCCAGGAGCGGCAAACUAGGAAGGGCAAAAGGAGUCGGAGGCGGAGCUCCAUCAGCCGAGCCUUCAACUGGCUCAAGGGCCGCCGCAGGAAAACCCACCGAGCUAACAAAGAGAUGCACAUAGACCUGCUCACACCUGGAACACCUGUACCUAUACCACUGCCUACACCUAACACAGAGACAGAAAGUGAUGGCCCCCAGCGUCCUCAGCACAGCCACACAAACGUGUUUACGGAGGACAGUCGACCAAAGUAUGUAGAGGAUCUGCUCACAGAGGCUCAGCAGGGCUUAAAGCAGCUGCAGCGGGAUGAAAACAAAAAUGGGGUGGACUUUCAGGAUGACCAGAGUGUCAUUUCGACCAUGACGGCUCGUACUGACGACGAUGUGAGCUUCAGUGAGCUGAGGAUGUCUGAGUCUGAGAGCACCGCCGCUGAUACCAUCUCAACACGUUCCACCAUCUCCUAUCAGUCCUCACGGUCUGGACUCACACGCCAAGCUUCCACCUUCAGACCACUGAAACAGGAUAAGAAGCCAGGAAAGAGCCGAUCCAAAGGAAAACACAGAAGUACAGUGACGGGAAUUCCUCGACACGUACAGAAAGAACUGGGUCUUGACCGAGCUGCGUGGACAGCGUCCCAGUUCACUGAUGCUCAACUGACCAAUGGAGGUGUGAUCAUAUCGACCGUUGUUCCCACUCUGGAUAGCAUAUCGAUCUCCUCAGAACAAGGAGCCCAGAUGUAUCUCCGGAACCUUCAAGCUGUUGAGGAGGAUGAGCCAGAUCUCCCUCCAGUGGAUAGACAGCAGGAUGACCUUUCGCUCAUCCAGCACCUUCUACCCCAGUCUUUGGAUCCACAGAGGCCUAGAUCGCUAGCUGUUCCCUGGAUGACCACAACAGGCAGCCACCCACCCAGCCCAGUGAUGUAUGUCUCCCCCCAGGCCACAUAUCUUUCUAAGAUCAUCCCCAAUGCGAUACUGCCUCCUGCCGUAGAUGUGGUGGAGCUUAGCCGCAACAGAAGUCGCAGCAGUGUUCGUAUGGUGAGUAAAAGCAGCCUGGCGUCAGCUAGCCCAGCUUCCACACGGGCUUCCUCUCGGAUCUCUUCACGGGCCUCUUCCCGGAUGUCCUCAAGAGCUUCCACCCGUCGCACAGAUUUCUCUGGCUGGAGCCGCUCUGGAUCUUCCGAGACACUGGUCUCAGACUCCUCCACCAUUUCCAGCAGUAGCACUCCUCGUGUGGCCAGUAGGGCAAGUCAGGAAGAGGAUACAGAUGGACCUCCAAAGGCCAACAUUAAGAACAAUCCUGGUGCCCGAAAUAUGACCGUUUUUACUAAGCCUGCUCAAGCGAAUGAUGACUCUUCAGAGGAGGACACCUGUAAGAAGUCAGAGACUUUCAAUCGCAGCCUGUCUGUAGUUAAAAAGAGCAAGAACCCUCCACCUCCCCCAAAUCGUUCAUACUCCCUGCACAAACGACGUCAUGGCAAUCCUCAGAAUGGCACCCCAACUGUUCCAUCUAAAGGGUUCCACGCUUCUAGCACGGAUGGUCAGAGAGCAGUGCUAGCAGAGCUAGAGAUGAGGAAGAAGAAUGUUCAAGCAACCAAGAUACCCCAUUCACACACCAAUGGGGAGAGUCACAUACCCAAGGAUUCCCCAUAUUCUAUCAACAACAUACCCUCUAAUGGUGUUGUUCUUUCCCCAGCUCUCAAGAGUCUCUUUGACAUUCCGGCUCCUCCUAAGGUACUAGCACCUCCACCACCCCCUCCAGAGACAUGGGCACACAACCAGCGCACCUUUGAACUCCUGUGUGGUCCUGGACCUGUCAACCUUGAGCGAUGGGCCCAAAAGCGAGGUCUGAAGUUUGAACCGCCAACCAAGAAGGCUCCAGUAAAAAUACCAGAUGCUGUUAGUGCAUCCUCAACAACAGAGUCAACAGAGAUAAACAAUAAGUUUGUGUCCUCAGUUACUGAGAAAUCUGAACCACAUACAGAGAAAUUCCAGGGAAGUCUGUCAACAAACAGGAUGAAGGAUAGCAGUUUAUCAGCCAUGGUUUCAGAGAUUCAAUCCAGGACUUCUAAGAUGCCCAAAGAUGUCCAGCCUCCUCAUGGUAACGGACUAUCUGUGACCAGGCUUACUAAGAUCAAUCCGUCCCCUUCUCCUUCACCACCCCCUGAACAUCUUCCUCCCCUGCCCCCUGUAAACACAGUUAAACCCCCAAAAGAAGAUGUAUCUUCCUCAAAAGCCCAGUUCAGGACACCGUUCGAUGAAAUCAUAUGUCCCCCUCCUCACCCUAUGUUCCCACCACCUCCGCCUCCUAUGAAUGUACCUGCUCCACGUCCUCCAGUUGGGAAGGAUGAAACAGACUUCCCUCCCCCACCUUCACCAUUUUCCCCAAAGACAUUGCAAAAUAUGCCUCCAUUACCACAAGAUGCACCACCAGCAGGAGAUAAAGCUCCAUCAACACAGAAGAUACCAUCUCCUCCACAAGAAAUCCCACCUCCUCCCCAGGUUCCCCCACCUCCUGCCCAGGCUCCCCCACCUCCUGCCCAGGCUCCCCCUCCUCCUCCACAGGCACCCCCACCACCUCCACAGGCACCCCCACCGCCUCCACAGGCACCCCCACCUCCUCCACAAGCUCCCCCACCUCCUCCACAAGCUCCCCCGCCUCCUUUGCAAUCUUCACCACCUCCUCCACAGGCACCCCUGCUAACUCGACAAGCUUCCCCGCUUCCUCCACAGGCUCACCCUCCCCCUCCACUGGAAGUAUCCUUAGCUCUAGCUCAGAGCACCACACCACAGCAGAUUAAAGUCCCUCCACCACCUCCGUUACCCACAGAUCUCAAAAAAGAAGUCAAACCAAUACCAAAUGACAAACAUGAGAAACCGCAGCCUCCCCAGACCACCAACUCUGCUGCAACCAAAGAAGAAACCCCUACCCCUAUGGUCACACAGUCCCUGUUGCAGAUGGUUCGUCUCAGGUCAGUAAAGUCCAACUCGAGCCAAGCUGAAGCCCCCAUUGUACUUCCCAAACCCAAGCAGCAGAACACAGCAGUCAAUCACGAGGCACCUCAAAAGCCGAUCAGAAGAUCUCUGAUUAUGACAGCACCACCUCCUGAGGUUGCCUCACUGUCUUCUACAGAUCCAAAGGAUGACACACAACCCUCUACCAUCUCACAGGUAAACCAAGAUACUGCCCCAGCAGCAAACUCCCAACCAGUAGCUGAUUCAAAGAUACAAUCCAGUAACACUGUUCAAGAUGCACCACAAGUACCACCUGAACCAAAACCUUUGCCUGAUUCUGCUGACCACAACAGCGUCACUGACCAAAAAUCCCAAAAUGAGUCAGUGCCUGCUGGACCCAUAAUCCAACUACCCUCCAACAAAGCAGAGCCUGAUCUCCCAAAGGAUCAACCAGCCACCAAUGGCAUAAAGGCUAACACUAAUGAGAAAGACACCCACAAAGAACCCAGUGAGUCUGAAGACAGACCGAGCACCACCUCGUCACAGUCACAGUUAGAGGUCACUCUGCCAAUGUCCCAAACAGUCUCUCCCAAAGUUUCUCCAACCCGGAAGGUGCCUCCAGCGAGCAUUCCUGCUUCGUCCAUGCGUCUCCAGGAAGCGAUUCGCCUGAAGACUGCUGCCAUGUCCUCUAAAGACGGCCAAGCCAAGCACUUCAGCCUGCUUUCUCCUCCGCCAUCAGCAGGGGGCAGCGGUGCCCUCCACUCACCUUCGUCCACUGCAAACUUCAUCUUCUCCAAGAGCACAAAGAAGGUUGUCAUAGAAACACCCUCAUCCCCAGAAAGGCAGGCGGAUUUGAAGAAGACUCUGGUGUCCGAGUUGGCGUCUGUUUCUCAGACAACCAAACCGAGUGACUCGCUGAAUAAAAGUGUAAAGGUUCCACCUCCUAUUGCUAAGAAACCCAGCAGUAGGACUGAGAACACUGCCCAGAAUUCUGCAGAGACUGGGACUAAUGCUGAAACUGAGCAUGUGCAAACUGCUGGUCAGCAAGCACAGCCAGAGAAGUGAUGUAGGUGAUGGACGGUGCAGCCACAGACUCUAUUGUGUCUACAAAGUUGAUGAAACCAGUCCGUGAUGGGAGCUGAGCGGCUGGAGCCACUAGGUGGAGCUCUACACUGAGAGGAGAACUGGAAGAGUGAUGAGACUGAGCUUCCAGUGAGAGAAAAGUCGAGGAAUGUGAAAUGAAUGGUGUGAAAAAGAAAGUAAAGAAAGAGAAAAGUGAAGAAAAAGAAAAGAAGGACACGGAGAGGAACGAGGAAGAGUGAACGAGAGAAAAGGAACGAUAUGCUGUAGAUAAAGAGGCUGAAUUUGGCUCCCUGAGUUUUCCACCUUAAAUGCGUCAGAAUGUACCUGCUGCACCAUUUAAGGUGGAACAGGAAACGUGGAAUAAGCAAGUUGUUGUAGCUGGAAUGCUGAGUGUAGAGGACUGGAGAGGAAGUAAUCCAGCAGUAUAAACCAGCUUUUGAGUUUCUGCAGAAAGGUGUUGGUACGUUUCUGUCUUACUGAGACGAUUUAUUUUCGUUCUGUAAAUAAUUUAAAACUACUGCCCAGAACUAAAGGUCUAUUGAAUGGACCUUUCUUUAUAUUCUUCAUGUUUGAUUUUAAUAUAUGAUGUUUCUUUUGUGCACUAUGAUCCUGUAUCUGGGGAAUCACUGAUUUAACGCAAAUGCUUCUAAUUUCUUUAAUCUCUGAUGUAUUAAAUCUUUAUAUGUCUAACUUAUUGUUUCUAAAGAGUCCAGAGUGGACACUGCAGACUGUUAAAGUGCUCUAAAAACUUACUGACCAUAAGAUCUCCAAUAAUUUUGCUCUAAGCUGUUUUCUCCUGCUUGUUCUUUCAGUUGUGAUUGAUGAUUUGAUUGAAUGCAGGUCUGGUUCAGUAAUAACAUGCAUUUCUGUCUCUGAGCUGUGUUUGUGCUGAGCUGGAGACCAAAAUAACCAGAUUCACUGUACAGAUGAGAGAGAUCUAAUUAUUAAUGAGGUAAAUAAGCUCAGAAUCAGAGCAGAACUUUGACCUGCUGGGUUUCUGUGUUCACAAGAACGUCUCUCCUGUUUUAAGAGCACCUUAUAAUCACCACUCUGUCAUAACAUGGACACUGGAUUAUAUCUGCUUUCAGACUGUAUAACAGCACAUUCUGCAGUCUUCAACAUUAAACAUGUACAUAUUAACCACA